AUGGGCGGGUCUCAAUCACGCGUAGACUCGGACAACAAGGUCUACCACCCAGAGACCUCAAUCCAGUUCUCCCCCGCCGUCGUCUCCCACCUCUCCGACCACGCAGCCGCUCCAGAAAUCCCUCCCGAGCGCCAGUCCACCCUCGACCACCAUGUCCGCUCCCGCAUCCAGGCAGAGCUAGCACACCUGCGCGCAGAGGAAGAGGACGUCCGCUCCCAGAUCGAACGCGCCCUCCAGAAGGAGAAUCUGGAUAAGGAGCGCGCUAUAGCUCGACUCGAUGACGGAGCGGAAGGUGCCGAAGGAGGCGUGAAGAGUGGGCCGACCCUACUCGGCGAUCUCGACGAGAUACAGGAAAAAGUUCAGAGGUCGAAGCAGAAGCAGAAUGCCGCAGAGGUCGACGCCGCACGCCAGGCCUCCGCUGCCGUCAUAUCGUGCUACCAGAACAACCCAACGUCCCCUCUCGACUGCUGGAAACAAGUCAGCAACUUCAAGCAGUCUAUAGCACUUUUGGAGCAGGAAUACAUCAAGUCGUUACAUUAG